UGACCUGAAAGUGAUGAAACUCAUUAACCCCUCAGAGAGACAACCAGUGAUGAAGGAGAUUCUGUCAGAGUUUGGUCUGCAGGGAGUCAGCCACAGCUUCGCUCCCACAAAGGUUCCCAACGUCCGCUACGAGCUGAGCGAGUCCGCUCCAUUCAGCCGGCCCAGGAACACAGCAGCUAAUGCACAGCCGUUUGCCCACAGAGACUUCAGUGCAGUUCGAGAUCAGGCCAUGAAAAUGAUCCAGACUGCCUUCACUCUGCUGGACCAGGAGUUCCAGAAACUGGACCGAGAGAGGUCAGAGUUGUCUCAAGCUGCUGCUGCUCUGCAAAGAGAGAAAGACGCUCAUGAAGCCGGCAGACAACAACAGCAACAGGAGCUGCAGGAGAUGCUGGACAGACAUCGCUCUCAGAAUGAGGCGUGGCUCCGAGCGAGAGCCGAGGAGAACGACCGAGAGAGGAGGGAGCUCUGCAGACUCAGAGAGGAGGUGCUUCAGGAGCAGGAGAGGCUGAAGGAGGAGCAGAACGGCAUCCAGAAACGCAGCGAGCACCUUCUGUCCAUCAUGCAGCAGUUCAAAGGAAUGUGAGAUAGAUAGAUAGAUAGAUAGAUAGAUAGAUAGAUAGAUAGAUAGAUAGAUAGAUAGAUAGAUAGAUAGAUAGAUAGAUAGAUAGAUAGAUAGAUAGAUAGAUAGAUAGACUUGUCCUUUUGGCUUUCAUUUCUUGGACCCUGUUGUUUUGACUGGGAUUACUUGAAAGGGGAAAGAAAACUUGAUUUAACGCUCUUUCAAUAAAAAUAUAUCGCAAAAAAAGAAGAAAAGAAAGAAUGUUAAAAGUUUGUUUAUUGUUGAGUGUUCCAACAGCUGAUCAUAACACUGUAAUAAAAAAACAUUUGAC